AUGACCGACUCACCCGCCUACCGCCUCCCCCUCGAUCCAGCAGAGCAACCCAUCCUCGACCGUCUCCUCAACAUCCGCGACCACCUCUCCAUCCUCAAGCAAGACCGCACCUCCUACGUCAAGUCGCAAGAUGUCACCAAGCACUACGAAGCUGUCAUCGAACAAGUCCAAGCUCUAAAUAGGAUCCGGGUGAACAAGCGCUCUGAGCAGAACCGAGUUGACACCGUGCUGGACGACUGCUUCCAGCUCAUUUCCCUCUUCUUCCUGACGGUCGGUCGCAACUCGGAAGCGCCUGCUGUAUACUCGGCCAUCAGUACCGUCAAGCGCCUGCUGGAUCAUCUGAGAGAAGCUGGCUUCUACUCGUCGAAAGAUCUGGAGAGCGUGGGCCAACACAUCCAGCAAUGGCAGGAGAACGUAGAGAGAGGGAAGGAGAGCCACUCAGAGGAUCUGCUAACGCUACUUGAUGCGCGGAUCGAGGUUUGUAAGAGUACGUUGAAGGAGCUGCAAAAUCACCUGAGCCGGCUGGAUCCGGAGAUGAUGGGUCGGUAUGAGAAGUUGGUGUCGAUACUGCGGAGCCUGUCAGCUUGCAACACCAGAUCAAGAUUCCCGACAAAGGAGGUCAACGAGUUCGAACAGCAGGUCAUCCAGAUACAGGAAGAGAUGAACGCCGACACCAUCGAGUACGAAGGCAAGAGCGCAGAGCAGGCAUAUGCAGACAAGCUGUCGAAGCUGAGCCUUACGGAGGGCGAGAUACAAGACGGUCGGCAAAUUGUGCUGGCGCUGCUAGCACGGUGUACACUGUGGAUUGAUAUCAUCCGCGAGAAACAAGGCAACAUCGAUCCGCGCUUCCAAGACACCUACGACAGACUCAUCAAGAUCCGGAACACCCUCGAACAGAUGAACCUCACCCAAGCCUGGUCCCUCCGCGAAACCGACCUCUAUUCAUACCAGCGCCAACUUGACCGCAUCGAUGAGGCUCGAGUCGACGGCAACUUCCUCGACGUGACCGGUCACCCAGCCGAUCUCCACGCCCAGCGCACGCUGCUGUAUCUGCUGCGCAAGAGCUACGCAUUCAUAUAUCAAUAUAUCAUCUCCUCGGAGCCAGUCUCGGAGGCUUUGCUGCCAAUCUACAACCAGCUGUUGACGCUGAAAAGAUGUUUGCACGAGGUCAAGAGGUCCGGUGGCGUGGACAGCCCGAGGGAGCUGUACCCGUAUAGCAUGAAGCUGAACAGCAUUGAUAACAUGAAGAAGGAUGGCAAGUUCAUGGUCGGCAACGACAUUCCAGAGGGCCAGGCGAGCGUCACAGCGCUACUGGAUGAAUGCUUCGAGAUUGCCUACGACCUGCGGAGCGAGGCAGAUGAGAAGAGCGAGAAGAAGGACGGCGACGUGGCGAAUGGGAUUGGUGUCAAGGCUGUGGAGGCCUGA